AUGAACCCUCUAGUGUACAAUAAAAGAGCAAGAUAUGAAGACAUGGAAAGAAGUGAAAGAAAUAUUGAUUUUGAAACUACAUCAAACCAACAAACUGGACCCAUGGAAGCAAUGGGCAGUCAGACCAACUCGCCUGUUUGGAAAGGAGCCCCAAUUUCUGACGAUGAGGUUGCUUUUAGCAAUGAGUCGAAUGGUGAAAGCAGUGAUGGUGAUGAAAAUGACAAUGAUGAAGAAAGGGACGGUGGUGAAGAAAGUGAAGACGAUGAAGAGAAUAUUGUUGAGAUUGAAGUCAAAGAAUUCAAUAUUGAAGAUUCUUUUGCUACCCCAAAUAUGCCUGAAAGUCCAGUACACAGGUUCAUUGCUACUUUUGUGGUAAUAUUUGCUUCCUGCUAUGUGAUCAAUAAGGGUACUGUUGUCUUGAUUGAGAUUAUCAACAAGCUCUUGUCAAUUUACAAGCAGGAUUUCUAA